CUCCCAGCUCAUUUCCUUCGAGGUUCUGUGCGUAAAAUUUUUUUUCGUUUUUCCUCUAAAUCACACUGAAGUCUCAACCUUCUUCUACUCACCGUUCGUUAUUUUCUGUAUCGACGCAUCAACGGCUACAAACAAUAGCUUAAUUGUGGUAGAGUAGCGGGAGUGUAAUUAUCAAGUGUGGUGGUAGCUCCUAUUUAACAAGGCGACAAAGCGCGUGGCGAUAUUAUCAUCAGAUGUUGGAGGAUCAUUCUUUACAGCUUUCUCCAACUGUGAUGUUAUGUUUUGUUAGCUGUGGGAGGCGACUCUCCCUUUUAUGAGAAUCCGCGCUCCAGUGCUAGGGAAACCUUUUUAGGGUUUCAUCUCCGGGCAUCGGGAGAGAAGGCGACGGACAUACGGUUUGGGGGGAAUUGGAACAAAUGGAGAGCAUGAAAGUGGCUUCUACGUCCCGGAACACUGGAAAACAAUCAUUCCUACCCCCAAAAUCCCCUUUUCCUAGCAUUGCUGCUCCUGGGUAUGCAGACUUUGGUUCUUCUGGACCCCAUCGAACACCUAAGCUUAGAGAGGGCAGUAGGUCUCAUCAGCGCACCUCUUCUGAGAGCUUUCUCAUUGAGGAGCAGCCAUCUUGGCUUGAUGAUUUGCUUAAUGAGCCUGAGACGCCAGCUCCCGUGAGGAGAGGUGCUCAUCGCCGGUCAUCAAGUGAUUCCUUUGCCUACAUGGAUGGCUCUUUCCCAUACUCAAAUACUGACAAUUUAUUUCAAGGGGAAUGCAAGGGGAGGACUAUAACAUCUAUGCCUUCAUGGAGCUCACUUGAAUUUGAUCCACUUAAAAAUAUCCAGCAUCAUCAUUUGGAGGGGAAUUUAUUUAGUAGAAAUUUGUUUAAUGGACAGCAGAAUAGAGUUUGGGAGUCAGCGCUAAAUGUGAGGAAUUAUUCCAAGUGUCUUCCUGCAGCAAAGGAGAAAAAUAUGCAUACGGGAUCAUUUAGUGCUACAUCGAAGGAGCCUGAGGUGGUGGUGUCUUGUGCUAUUGAGAAGCUGGUGCAAGAAGAGUGUCCAAAAGGGUCAAUGAAUCUUUUGGAAAAGAAGGAAGCAAAUCAGAUGAAGAACUCACAGUCAGAAUUCGAUUCAAAGCGGGUUAAACAACAAUUUGCUCAGCGUUCCCGGGUGCGAAAACUUCAAUACAUUGCAGAACUAGAGAAAAAUGUUCAGGCCUUACAGGCAGAACAGAUGGAAGUUUCAGCGGAACUGGAAUUCUUAGAUCAACAAAAUCUUAUAUUAAACUUGGAGAAUAAAGCAUUGAAGCAACGACUGGACAGUCUGGCUCAGGAGCAUCUUGUAAAAUGCCUCCAGCAAGACAUGUUAGAGAGAGAAAUUGCUCGCUUGCGGUCUCUCUUUCAUCAGCAGCAGCAGAAGCUGCCCCAAGAGGCCGCUCCUUCCCACAGUCGAAGUAGGAGCAGAGAUCUCGAUUCUCAGUUUGCCAAUCUGUCAAUAAAACACACAGAGGGAAACUCCGGAAGAGACCCAGCCUCUGGUUUUAACAUAUAAUUGCCGCCUUCCCUCCGGUGGCUGUACCUCAAUCUCUCACCGGUGUUUUUCACAUAACAAGCGUGAAUAGUUACCACCGGAUCCAAGGUAAAUAACUUGAGGGGAUUCUAUUUUAUUUUUCCUUCGAAUUUUUUCUUUGAGAAAGCGUCAAAAUGAUCACUCGACUCUUUGUAGGGGGUCAUUUUAGUCCUAGAGUCUAUAAAAAAUGCCAAACAUUUUUAAUAUGGGCCACAAUAGUCCUUUCUGGGGACGCUAUUUUAGUUCAUAUUAAAGGUGUCUGGGAACUAAUUUAGUAUUUUUAUAAGUUUUGGGACUAAAAUGACUCAAUAUAAAUAGUCAUGGGAUUAUUUUGGCACACAUUGUGCACCUGCGAUCGGAUUCAGCUCACGCCCACUUGUCAAUUCUCGACUUGUCGGAGGUGUUAGUUUCUUCCUGUAAUCUUUGUUUCUAACUACUUGCCUCAGUUGCGCUGUAUUUUGACGGAAAUUAUAAUUUUAAUGUUAGUUCUAUUAUAUUAUGUUCGAUGAAUUUUUUUUGUUUGACGGUGUUGGCUUUUCAUGGCCAUGACCAUAUGGUAGU